AAUCAGGUAAAGUUACAAUUGGUUUGCUUAUAUGGGAUGGUGGUUAGAGAGCAACUUUUCAGCAAUGUAUCGAAUAGGUAAUAUCACAACCAUUGACAAUAGGUAUAGUAAUACAUUCGUCCUCACAUUUUCAAGCAGUCCAACAUCAGGCCACUGUCGCAUCCAAAUGACCCACAAAUCUGGAUAUUGCACAAUUCACACAGUCAGCCAAACAGUGACGCAUAAUGAGGCCCCUAUCAAAUCCCAUCAAAUGCUGAUAAUGCUGUCUCGCACUCGGCCCACGAUCUCUGUGUCCUCCAUGAUGAUCUUUCAGCAUCUGAUUCUGUUCAUGCUCCUUACAUACUCUACCAAGCCUGGUAACAAUACUGAAGAUGAACAACACUAAUCCAUUCUUGUGACCAUUCUCCUUAUUACGGAGCAUUGUAUCACUCAUCAUUUACAGACCCACCAAUGGUUACGUUGACCUCCAAUGACAUCAUCUGGGUGCUUUGUUUUCUUGUCAAGCAGUGUAUAAUUUUAUUUGCGCAGUUUCUACUGGACAGGUAAGUAGGAUGCUGAAGAAUAUUUAUAGUUUCUCUCUUGAAAGGUGAUUCUUGAAGUUUUCCAACAAAGUUUCCAUUAAAUGUAUGAUGUCUUUUUUUGUAUCUUCAUUUAUUAUUUUCAGCACUCUCUUGCCAGUCAAAUGUGCCUGUGAACACUGACACAGUCCUUCCUUGCACACUUUUGAUGGCCUCUGCAACUUCAACCUGAUGUGCUUCCCAUCGAUUUGAGCAGCAUUCAAGUAUGGAUGGUCCACUUCAGGCUGCUACUGUUGGUAGCAGUCAUGUCCGGCAAACAGUACCCACUGGGCUACGACCCGCAGAUCCUGUCAGUGCUGUACGCAACAGAGAACCGGCUGCGGACACGAUGGUUCUUCAAGAAUCUGCACCUACUGCAGCAGAUCAUCGCAGAUGCCCCUCGUCUGGCUGAAGGUGAGGCAGACCGCCGCCUCAGAGAGCUGCAGCAGCCACAGCUACUGCAGUUGCGCACCAGGCCACGCUUCCUCAAAACUGUCCGCAGGCCACCACCACCUCUGCCACCCCCGGACCCUGAGGUUCAGCUGGACUCCAUGCGGCCACCAUCACCACGCACCAAACAACUCAUAUACUCCCAGACUGGACCAUAUGAAUAUCUGAAAGCCAGAUGUGCAAAGCCCCCAAAUCAUCGGUAUUAUCUUCCUGAGACAACUAACUUCAGUUAUGGGUGGCAAAGUGACGAACUCUAUGCACGUGUGUACAACCCACCUUACGGGCGCAGCACACAAAGUACUCAACAACUAUAUCGAAGGCAGGGAGUCAAACCCGAUUCUCCAUCAAUCAGACCAGCUUUUAUCUUCGUACCUCUUGAAAAACAUUACAUUUAGAAUUGGUGUAAGACAUGAAGGAACACUGUCUAAUCUCUUCUCAAUUAUCAAAUUGUAGUUCAAAGGUCAACACUACAAAGAAUGUAGACGAGGAAAAAAAUUUAUUGUGAAGGAAUAUUACGACGACAAGGAAAAUAUUAUUUAAAUUAAACAGGGCGUUUAGGCAUUGUAUGUUUUACUAACUUUUCAAUGAGUACAAUAAAUAAAGAGAUGAUCACACAUAUUACGACGACAAUCACAAGUUACAAUAAUGUCUUUGACAUCAAAGGGUUGGCAGAAAAUAAUGACAAAUAAUACUGUUCGCUACACUGUUUGCCUUUCUUGACAAUGUCUGUCACAUACAUUCCUUUAGCAGAAAUGCAAAAAUGAUUUUCUGGUCCUUUAAACACCAUAUUAUCACAGUUUGUUACAUAACAAAGAGAAUAUGUCUUUCCAAGGAUACCUUGCAUACAAUCAUCUUUUUUAAAAAAUACAUCUUACAUUAGGAACAAAGAAAUUCAGAUCUAAGGACACAUCAAAUAAUUACAGGUAUAAAGACAAUAAUGAUGCAUGUAUAGUACAAUGAUUUGAGAGAUGGUAAAUGGCAGAGAACAUGAAAUGAGAAAAAUUGUUCAUACCUCACAACUGAAUUACAAUAGUCAACUAUCACAUUAUUGUCCUCCCUCACUCAUUCAGCCACAGAAUUGAAAAAUUGUACUUGGAGCCACAAUUAUGUCAAAAUCAAUGAUUGUUGUCACCAAGCACUACAAGGCAGAGUACACAAAGGGAGCUAAAAGCCUGCAUAACUGGUUUGUUUAUGAAUAAAUUGUAUACUCCACACUAUUGUCUUAGAUUAAUUUUACAUUUAGUUCAUGUUAGUCUUGCAUAAAGCAACUGUAGAUGAAGUACAAACAAAUGAAAGAAGGCACAAAAGAAAUAAGUUGCUAAUACACAAAACAAAAAUUGAACAAAUUUUUUUUUUUUUU